AUGGAGAUUCAGAUGAUAAAUUUACUGAUCUUUAGAAUCAGUCUUCAUUAUACAAUUAUCUGGACUGAGAAUGUUAGAAAUUUUACCACUGAACUCAGUUUUGAACGAGAACCAGAAAUUGCUGUUGAAACAAAUAAAAAAUUUAAAGAGAUAGAUUACUUUAAUCUUUUCUUUUAUGAAAACAUUCUUAAAGCCAUUGUUCAGCAGAGUAAUUUGCAUCGAAGUCAAAAACAAGGAAUUGGGAAAUAUGAUUAUGAUUUGACAUUUACAGAACUUCAAGCUUGGAUUGGAAUGAUAAUAUUAAUGGGGAUACAUCGUUUGCCACGAAUCGAAAAUUAUUGGUCUACAGAUCCUGCGCUUAGAGUUGACUUUAUCGCUAAAAUAAUGCCACGUGAUACAUUUCGAAAGAUAACUGAAAUUCUCCAUAUUAAUGAUAAUAAUAAUAAUAAUCUUCCAAAGACUCAGCCAAAUUAUGAUAAACUUUUUAAACUUCGUCCUCUCAUUGAUCAUCUUCAUGAAAAAAUUAAAGUGCUUUACACUCCUUCGAAAACUUUAUCAGUAGAUGAAUCCAUGUUAAAGUUUAAAGGAAGAUCAAGCCUUAAACAAUAUAUGCCACAAAAACCAAUUAAAAGAAGCUAUAAAGUGUGGUGUUUGGCUGAUUCGAAAACAUCUUAUAUUGCAAAUUUCGAAGUUUAUACUGGAAAAUGCAAUGAUAAUCAGUCAAAUGACACACUUGGUGAACGGGUAGUAAUUAAACUUACUCGUGAACUUCAAGGAACCUUUUCAUUGGUUGCUUAUGACAACUUUUUUACAUCAGUAAAUCUUGUUGAGGAACUCCGUAAUACAGGGAUUUAUUCUGUUGGCACUGUCCGAACAAAUAGAAAAGGAUUGCCGGAAAUGAUGAAAGAAAAAAAGUUACAACGAAGGGAAUAUGAAUUUAAGACGACUAACAAUGUCACAGCUAUAAAGUGGAUGUAUUCAAAAAUUGUUACAGUUCUUUCGUCAGCUCAUAAUCCUCUAACCAUUUCGACUGUUAAAAGAACUCUUAAAACUGGAGAAAAAAUUGUUGUGUCCUGUCAAAUAGCUGUAGCAGUUUACAAUAGCAUAAUGGGUGGUGUUGUCGGAUUUGAUCAAAGAAAAUAA